AUGUCUAUAAUAUCUGAUCGUCCCUUCCGUAUUAUUAUUGCGGGUGGAGGUGUAGCCGGCCUGGCUAUGUCGCAUGCGCUCGUUCGCGCUGGCAUCGACCAUGUGGUGUUAGAGAAGGGAGUCGUUGCCCCCGACUGGGGGGCAAGCAUUUCCCUCUGGGGUAAUGGGUCUAGACUCCUUCAUCAGAUUGGAUGUCUCCAGGCUCUUGAAGCUGAAGCACUGCCGUUAAAAAUGCUUCAUGUGCGCAACCCUGCCGGGAAGGCGUUCAACGCAGAACCCUUUUUCGAUAUGAUGCGCGAAAGAAAUGGCUUUGACGCAAUUACUAUGGAGAGGAGGAACUUUCUCCGAAUUGUCCAUGAGCAGCUCCCGGAUAAGUCCCACAUCGUAACGGGCAAGCGCGUGGUAGACGUCGUCGACAACGAGGACGGCGUUGUUGUGAAACUGGACGACGGUACUACUGAAGAGGGUGAUAUCCUCAUCGGUUGCGACGGCGUUCACAGCACGGUUCGAGAGCUCAUGUGGCGCAAUGCGAAUGCCAGUAUCCCGAACUAUAUCAACACAGAAGAGAAGAGAUCACUGGUUACCACGUACAACUCUCUUGUUGGUGUGGCAAAGACCGUUCCAGGUCUUGGAAUACGUGACAUGCAUUGGGUAUGCCAUCCUUAUCUCUCAUUCCUCAUUCUCACCCAGCCGGACCAAACCUACUUCUUCGUCAACUGGAAGUUGCCACAGAAGAUGCGAUGGCCUACCAAGGCUAAAUGGUCCAAGGACGAGGCUGAUAGGGCGGCCGCAUCCGUGGCCGAAUUACCCAUCAGUGACUCCGUGGUAUUUGGGGAGUUAUGGAAACACAAGAUCCGUGCGCAUCUGAUCGGUCUUGAAGAGGGCAUCUUCAAACACUGGCAUUUCGGUCGAUUGGCCUUAGUCGGAGACUCCGUUCACAAGGUGACUCCAAAUUUUGCCCUCGGGGCAAAUUGCGCCUUGGAUAGCAGCGCGGCUUUGUUGAAUGAGGUAGUUAGUCUCGUUAAAAGUGGCCCAGAGGGCACCCGACCCUCACGAUCAGCCAUAUCCGCUGUAUUCGAGCGCUAUCAAGAAUCCCGAAAGCCACGUAUGCAGCGUGCAUUUGACGUCUCCCACUUUCUGACCCGGAUUCAAUCGUGCGAUGGCCCGCUCAAUCACUUCAUUAUGAGGGUCAUCUUCCCUCUCACCGGCCAGGCAGUGUAUGCCGAUCAACUCGCCGACUUGUGCGCCGGCGCCCCGAAGUUCAACUUUCUACCCAUGGAAUAUCCAAACCAUUCCACUGUCGCUUGGAAGGAUGAGAUCGCGGGUCAAAACAAGGGUUCUGAGACAAUUCAGCUGCUCAACAAGCGAGGGGGCAAGCCUCAGCGGUAUGUUACCAUGGAGCUUGUAUCGCUGCUAUUUAUUUUGGUCCUUUUCUUUACGCUUUUUGCUCCGGGUCGGGAUCUCACAGUGUCUGAGUCUACGUAUUUGCUGGGAAGGAAUAUAUCCGCUGAGUAG